AUGUGGAUUUUAUUUGGUAUUUUUCUUGGGAUAUCGAGCUGCACUGGGAAUAAAACCUUUGAUACUGCACUGAAUCUGUCAGAGAGCAGCUGUCGCAUCGCCAGAACUGAAGCAGCUCAAAUCACCUACAUCUAUCGCUGCGUAAGCUGCGUUGCUACUAAUUCUGCUUCCUAUUUGGAGUUGGAGCAGGAUGUACACCUUUGCAUUGGAGCUCAGUUGCCCAGUUGCAUGCGAAGCCUGGAGGCGCAUGAAGUUGAACCGAUUCGGGAGACAAACAGCAUGAAUAUAUUCCUGAUUCCUGCUGGCAACGGAGGUCAGCCUCUGGUCCGUCGUAUCGUGGACAUGCUGAACCCUCGACAGCAGCGCCGACAUUUCCAUAAAUAUCUGUUCGUGUGGCCCGAGGCAAGUGAGGAUCAGCUAAGAGAACUAUUCGAGGGCUGUUGGAGCAAGCAGUUGCUCUUUGGCUUGGCCAUUACCGGACCAGAGACUGUCUACGACUUCCAACCGUUCGGUGCACAAGGCUUGGAGCUGACAAAGUUGUCCUCCACUAAUGUCUACUACGCUGAUAAAUUAAAAGAUUUGAAGGGAUUCGAAUUGAGAUUUUCGAUGUUCAGUAAUCCAUUACGAGCACUGCCCUUGGACCCAGUUGAAAGCAAUGGGUACAGGGCUACUGAUGGAAGUGUUGCUCGACUUAUAGCGAAAAAACUAAAUGCUACAGCCAAAUAUGUUACGCCUAGAGAUAAUGAAGCUUAUGGUCGCUGCCUGCCCAAUGGAAGUUUCACGGGUGUUGUAAAGGAUCUGACAAACGGUGAGACUCAUAUUGCACUGAACAUGCGAUUCGUGCUAGAAUGCAUUUCACCGUACGUGGAGCAUUUAUAUCCGUACAAUCGAGUCGUCAUCUGCCUAGUGGUUCCUGCAGCGCGAAUGCGACCAGAGUAUCUGAUUUUUGUGACUGCCUUUCAGAGGGCGGUUUGGCACUUGUUGCUGGCCAACUUCCUGAUUGCUGUUGUACUCUCAAGUGUUUUAUACCACUUAAUAUGGAAAAUCAUCGGAGAGACUGGUUGCCGUUGGUACGAUGGUUGUGAAAUGCUUUUCAAGACGCUUUUGGGUCAACCUGUGGAUCGCUUUUCGGGUGUUAGUUCUCUACGAAUGUUCCUCAUGGGAUGGAUCUUGUUCAGCUAUGUGUUGACGACGAUCUACUUUGGCAAGCUGGAAAGCAGCUUUGUGCAGCCAAGCUAUGAGGAAGAGAUAGACACUCUGGAUCAGUUGGUGCCACUUCGUUUGAGAGUACACGGAAUAGUAACGAUGUUUAAUGCCGUCAACUUGUCACUCUCCAAAGAACAUUUCGAUCUGCUCACUAAAAACCACCGUGCGCAUCCCCUCAAGGACUCCGAUCACUUCUAUGAGCUCUCUGUCAGUCGCCGGAACAAGAAGGCAGCCUUCAUUAUGCGUAACGAUAAAGCCAAAGAGUUCCUGGCCGUCACCUAUAACUCUGAGGUCGGACGUCCCACCUAUCAUAUUGUCAAGCAGUAUCUGAGAUCCUUGCCGGGCACCUAUAUCCUGCCAUUGGGAUCGCCGUUUCGCUAUAAGUUUCAGAAUAUGCUGAGUGCUUUCUAUGAGCACGGCUUCUUCGAGCAUUGGCUGCGAAUGGAUGUGCUGCACAGGAGUCGGUCUUCGGGUGAAUCUGAGGAGUUUUUCGAGCAACUGGAUGAACAGACGGGCAUGGACACAGAAGACGCGGCUGCAGAUACCACAGAGUGGCGUAAAAAACGUGUUGUGCUCACUUUGGAUAUUUUGCAAGGCGCAUUUUAUUUGUGGUUCAUUGGAAUUCUCUUGAGCAUCGUAGGAUUUGUGCUGGAGCAGGGAUAUUUCCAUUGGCGGCGGACCAAUUUAGUAUAUAAGCUCUAG